GAAGGGCGGGGACGACCCCCGUAAGGAAGCAGAAGGGCGAGCGGCGCGGCUGAGGAGAGGGGCGCUGGUUGCCAUGGCGACCAUUGCCGUGGCUACCAGGAACCGCACCGACCGGGCUGGCAGCGCUCGCGGCUUGGUCAGACAGCGGGGCCGCAGUGGAGAGAUGCAACAGGCGGGCAGGCGGCGACUUCUGGUCAAGUUCCUUCCAAGAGAGCCUGGCCUUUUCCUUCUGCAGCUCCGAAAAGACGGUGGCCGUUCCAGCUUCUGACAACAAUUUAUAUAAUUUGUUUAAUCUUUGGAAAAAGAUUUAGACAAACCACGUGCAAAAGGAAACGGCAGCUCAGUGGCAUCUUGAAAGCUUACAAAACCUCUUCCAGCAUAAAAUGUGCUGAUAAAGAUCUCACUUGGUCAGAGGCAUGAAAUGUGCAUCGAUAAGACCACUUCCAGAGAGUUCCCGUUUUAGUCUGCAAGCAGAACAGCUGUGUUCGAGUUCAGUAGCAACAGAAUUGCCAGGAAUGAGCUUUUGAGAGCAUGCAAUUAUGGAAGAGACAUAUAGCUCAUGGCCUGAUCCCUGCAGCUACCAUAGCUCCUAAACCUGCCGUUCCCCGCACCCCUCCCCCUCGUAGUCCAAACCCUUCUCCAGAAAGGCCCAGAUCCGCGCUAGCAGCAGCUAUUCUUGUGACAACGCUAACUGGACGGACUGUUGCCCUCCCUCAGCCUCGCCAGCGAUCGCUUUCGGAAAGCGAUGCCUCCUAUUUGCAAUACCAAGAAAGCUGUAUUGAGCCGUAUGCCACAGUCACUGAGCUUCGAAUGGGUCCAAACUGGAACAGCGAUGGGGAUGAAAGAAGUGCUGUGCAGUCUGUGGAUGUUUCUGGCAGUUGUUGCGAAGAUGAAAACAUGGAUACUUUCGCUUCAGACACAGAAAAAGAACCAAAGCCUACUGAUCAGGCUAUAAAUCAGAAAGAAAGCACUGGUAGUGAGGCUGUCUAUGCUGUUCCACACAAAAUUAAAAAGGAAAACCUUCCAGUAUAUUCAAGCACUGAGCAGGAGGAAGAUGACUCUUGUAAUUCUUGGCUUAUUCGUCCUAAUGUUCCAGUGGAAGAAAUUGAAACUUCUGUAGAUCAUUAUCAGGUUGAAAAAAUUGAAAAACCACUGAUGGAAAAGCCGCCUCCAUCUCCAGAUGUAAUACUGCGUAAAAGGCAGGGGCCAAUGGAUCCCACUAGGGAGAUGUCCCAGAAACUGAAAGAAGAACAUUUGCUUUUGAACAAUGCAAAUCAGACCCUGCUUUCAGAACUUGGUGAGACAAAGCAGCAAAUGAAGGAGCUUCAAUUGAAAGUUAAGAAACUGGAAAAAGAAAACACAAAGCUUAAAGAAACUGAGCAGAAUUCACCUAAGGAAGAGGAACUUGCAGAAUUGCUUUUAUUAAGGCAGCAGGCCCAGGAGUUGGUGGAUGAAAACGACAGUUUGAAAAUGACCGUUCAUCGUUUAAAUGUGGAACUGAGUCGCUACCAGGCUAAAUACAGACCAAUUUCAUCAAAUGAAAGUGUAAAAAUUGGAAGCCUGCCAAUGAAAGGGCCAACACCACCUUGGCUGCUUGAUAUGAAAUAUUUAUCUCCUCUGCUGUUGGCAUAUGAAGACAGAAUGAGGGAAAAGGAAGAUUUGAUUCUCUCACAUGAGGAAGACAUGAAGACUUUUAAAGAACGAGUCCAGGAGGUGGUGAAAGAAAAUGAGCAGUUACACCAGCAACUAUGUAAACAUGCUUCUAUUUCAACCAAAGAAUGGCAGCAGCUGCAAAGCCAAGCCAAGCUUGUCCUGGAAGAGAACGCAGUACUGAUGGAGCAGCUUAAAAUACAGCAAGCGAAAGCAAAAGACAACCACAACCAGCAUGUCCAAGACGUUUCCAAAUUAACAAAACAGCUGAUGAUUUUGGAAGCCAAGAAACAGAGCCAAGAGAAGGAGAUGCAAAUACAUCAGAAGCAGCUGGAGGAAUUACGCUCUACAAUCAAAGGGCUAAAAGCCAGCUUUAAAGACAGCAUAACCAUGCAGGAACACAGGGCUUUGGUAAAUCAGCUGAAAAGCCAGUUGCAACAGGAACAGGAAAAGAGGGAGGCAGAGCUGCAGGAGUUCAUAGGGAAACUAGCAUCCGUGCAAGGCGAAAAAAAGAGUCUGCUUAUCGAACAGAAUGAGCUGGUGGCUGAAAAAAAGGCAGUAGAAGCUGAGCUGGAAAUGGCACAGAAAACAAAGAGGCAAUCACAGAAGAAAAUAGGUCUUCUGAAACAGCAGUUGGAAGAAACAAUGGAAAAAGAGGAGGCAGCACAUCAGUACCUGGCAAAUCUAAUCACUUUGGCAGAGAAUGUGAUUAAAGAACGAGACCGUCUUUUAAACUUGACCAGUUUCUUGGAAAAAGAGAAUCAAGGUUUUAUCAACAAAAUGAUAGAAGGAAAUGUACAUCUAGGAAAAUUAGAAGAGAAAGUAAAGGGGUACAAGAAGUCGGCUGCUGAGAAGCUUGGAAAUGUCACCCUCAGAGUGACCGAACAAGAGAAGGAAUUUGCUGGGAAGGCUGCUCAGUACCAGCGAGAAAUGAAGCACCUUCAGCGUCUGCUGCAAGACAGGCAGGAAACCCUCGACCAAGUGCUGCAGCAGAAAAAGGAAGUGGAAAGUGAACUUGAAAUAAUUUGGGAAUCGACCACCAAAGAAAACAGGAAGAUGAAGGAACUCUUGCAUAAAUCUCUGGAGAAGAACACGCGGAGCCCUGUCAAAGCCUAUGAAUCACAUUUAGCUGACAUUUCUCAAAAAGAACUGCUUGGUGGGUACGGUUUUAGCUACUGUGAUGUGGAGCUUUCCUCGCCUGCUAAAAGCCAGAGCCAACAGGAGCCCGUGUGUUAAGGACACAGGUGCUGCUGUCACUUCCAGGCCAGAAUGCAUCUGGAAAAGGUGCAUACAAGACCAUAAGCAGUUAAGUCAGUACCAUCCAGCAGCACAACGGGAUCUACCGAAGGAGACCCUGCUAUUCUUCUUUGAUAAAGUUGGACUAGAAAUAUACAUGACCGGAAAUACAUAUGGCUUUAACAUGCGCUGGGGGGGUGGGGGAGGGACGUCCAAUCAAAAUGCAGUUUACAAGUUAAGAUUUGCACAUUUGUAUAACUUGUUUCUACAGAUUAAGUUCAGUUUUCUGCUCACAGGUUACGGGGGCUUGAAUGCAGGCCCCUGAUAACCAUCGCUCCAUCUAAUACGAAAGCCCCUGUAGUAAUGAAAACCAUCUCACUGGGCCACGUUCAAAUGCAGCGAAGGUUUCUACAUAUGUGGAAGAAUCCCCAGCUAUGUAAAAAAAUGUGAAUUAAGAAAAAGCCCGAUGAAAAGUAAGAAAAUGAGAAGAGAACAACUGUGUGUCAGUUAAAGGGGAAAAAGCCCAGAAGGAAAUGUGUCUUGUCAGGACUCUCAACUGGAAUCCUAGAAAAAAAUAUGAAGUGAUAGAAUGGGAUUUCACACACACAAUUCCUCCUAAACUUUUCUAAAUUGGUGGUCUCCUGUGUUAGCUGUAUUUAUACUGAUUAAUGAAAUAGGAUUAAUUCCCUCUGCUUGGAAGCUAAGUAUUGUUGUCCUGGUUCCUCACGGGCCCUCAGUUUGUACUUACAGAGGUAAGCUUACAGAAAUCAAGUCUCUCUAGGCUCCACUCUUUCAGUUUUUAAAGUUGGAAUUCAGCCAUCUUGUCAAUAAGCCAUCUAGUUAUUCAAACCAAAAACUGAGGCUGUUACAGCCAGAGUUGCUGCUGAAAAACCGUUUGCACUAAGUACUCGAUUAAUUAAGGAAUUGUGGAGUUGAGGGCCCUAAUUGCUGGACUGGCCCCGCUUUAAUUGAGCUUUUCAAAGACAGGGAACACAAAAUAAAAUAGAAUGAGUGUUUAGCACCCAUUUUUUAAAAUCAAAAUAGUGUAACAGAAUUUCUCGAAUUGGGAAGCUGGGCAACAGCAUAGCAAGAAAAGAAGAGAUUUUUGAAAGGCACCUGGCUCGAGAGGGAUCGUGGGAUCGUGGGGUGAGCAAUCACACUGCAGAAAUCUGUGGUGACUGCAUUCAUACCGAUGGUUGAGCAAAUAUUCAUGGAACCGCAGCCAAGAACAACCUGUAUGAUGUCGUAGACUUUGUGCCUGUGUGGGUUGGCAAAACCAUGGUGGAUUUUCCAGUACAGAAAAGCACAGGAGGGAAGAUUUACUUAAGGGCAGAAAAGAGCAUUGGGGAAUGUGAGGAAAGGGUUCCAUCUACUCACCACACUCUACGCUCACUAUUUUUAUCUCUAAAUAUUCUCUUUUAAAGUAGGUUCUCUCCCCCUUUUUUUAAAGAAAAGGGGGGAGGCUUAAUUAAUUACGCUUGGUACUUUUUGGUUAGCCUCCCGCUGUUGGUCCAUUUUUUGACAAGUGGAAAUUUAAGCUUUGGAGGUGACUCCACUGAGGCUCAUUCCGCACAUGCAGAAUAAUGCACUUUCAAACUGCUUUCAGUGCUCUUUGAAGCUGUGCGGAAUGGCAAAAUCCACUUGCAAACAGUUGUGAAAGUGGUUUGAAAACGCAUUAUUUUGUGUGUGUGGAAGGGGCCUGAAUAGUUCUGCGGACAGGGGUCAAGAUUUAUACAGCUGAAUAUAACAUUUCUAGAGGUGGAAGACAUCAUCACUGGUGGUUUGAAUAGUCUUAAGAGCCCCCAAGCCUAUCACUGAAAAAGAAAAGUGGUGCUCUGAAGACUUUGUUUUCUAUUUCCAAUUGAUAGAAGACAGUGUGAAUUCAUGUUGCGAGAAGAUUAGGAGUUUUCUCAGGAAACUGAAAAUCUCCAGUGCAACACAGGUUCCCGAGAUUGGGAGGCAAAGAGUCAACCUACAUAUUCGGUUUUUCCUGGGUCCACACAAUCUAAUGUAGUGUGAGUUCCACAGAGGCCAAUUUGUAGAAGGAGACAGGGGCUUUCCCAACCUGAAAUGUUCUUAAGGAGCCACUAUUUGACCCAACGGGUCCAUGUGUACUGGUAGGGUGUACCUGUGGUUCUUCAGUUGAGGAAACAGCACCUUCAGGGACAUUUCAGGUUGGGGAAGUGGCUCAAAGGAGGGCAUGCUUCAGUCCCCCCUCAUGUCCCCUUGUCCCCACCAAACUGAACUCAUACAUGCUUGGAGUUAAGUGUCCAACAUGGAACACACAAACCUGGGGAGGACUUGGGGAAAAGAUGUAUGUGAAAUAGGCCUUUAGUGAUCUUAGUUUUGAAAACUUUCUCUGCAACCCAGUUAUUUGCUCAUUGAGAAGACUUUUUAAUGAUCACUGCAGUUGUCAUGAAGUGUGCACAUCAUUCUCCAUUAUACAAUAAUGUGCACCAGCAGUAGAUUAAGCAGGACCGGGGCCUUUUGUAUAUGACUGCAGGUUUGUGACCUCGAUUGUUACAAAGGCAACCUUUAAUCCUUUUGUAAAGCUGAGCAAUUAGCUCUCAGUUUAGGGAACGGUUGUUUGAGAAGCACUUGAUUUAAUAAUCUGGCCCCGGUAUGCUCCAAAGAAAAUGGCUCUGAUACAAUCUGUGACCUCUGACAAUUGGAUGGGGGCAGUUUUCUGAUAGUUCUUGAUUUGUUCCUGUGAACUUGCACAAGGACUGGCAAUCCUGUCAUACACGCGAACAGGUUGGGUGCUGCUGUCCUCUUUUAGGAACCUGAACAUAUUUUCCAGAUGUUAUUUGUGCCUUAUAUGUAUACACACACACUGGAAGUGCAGUACACAGCUGGCUGUUUUCAUGUACAAAUUCCAAAUGAGGACAUUUAGCUGUAAGAGUUAAAUGUGGUUCUUUAUUGCUGCAUGCAUGUUUGUGGCCAAAUUUUAGGUUUAGUAGAAUUUAUAUCAAAUUAUUUAAUGUAACAUAACAUAAUUCCAUGAAAAGCAAGAAUACUCUUUUAUGAUCAUCUGUAAAUGACAAUCAGUCAUUAAUCCACACUUGGUUUGACAUGUCAGUGCUGUGUAUCUAUGACACAUACUGUCAAGUGACAAGUGAUUUAAUAGAUGCUAAAGUGCAAAUUAGUGAGCAAAGUGCAAUAAACAAUAAAUGAAUGAUACAGGAAGAACAUGUCACAAAUCAUGUAGAAAAUUCUUGUAUGUCAGUCCUGCAGAUAGAUCACUUGUCAUUUGACUAUAUGUGUUAUAGAUAUACAGCAGUAGUAUAGCUACAGUAGUUUUUGUUUUGGUCAGAGUUUUCUACACCAAAUCAUUUUGUUCUUGAUCUGUUAGCGUCGUUUGCAUGUUGAUGACCUGUCUGCAGUUUUGCCUGCCAUGUUAAAUUAAACAGAUCUGGUGUGGCAAGUUGCGAAAAUCUGGGUAUGAUUUUUCAAACAGUUUAAUGUUGAUUGAAUGAAAACUAGUAUUUAAAACUUCCAUUGUUUGCCAGAUCGAAUGGCCUUCGUGUCCAAUGGCAUUUAAAUUCUCCCCAUUUUGUGUAACAACAAAAUGACUAAUACCAUGAAUUCUACCUGAGCCCAGAAGGAGAGGGGCAGCAUGUUAAAUCAAAUAAAUAAUACAAGUAUAAGGAACAGACAAGGGAAAUACAAUGUGGCACAACAUAUUAUUUACAUCAGUCUUCUGUGUGUUGCAGGCUGGCCAUGGAAACUUUAGCAAUAACAGGCCGAGGGGCCAGAAAGAUUCUGGAUUGGUUUUGUUGCAUGGGUACAUUCCUUUUUCCUGCUCUCCCUCCAGAUCAAUUUUAAAUAUUUUAUAUAUCUGCCCUGGGGCCAAUAUUUGGAUAAAGGCUCGUUUUUAUUUUGUCUGUGUACUAUCUCAAACUUUGCCAAAUAUGUAUUUUUCAAAUUUGUAACAAUUACAUCAUUUUAUAAUAAAAUAAUUUUAUUUUAAAGGA